GGAAUCAAAUAUUUGGCUAUCACUUGGUGGCUUUCAGGAGAAAGGACCUGAUGAUGCUCACCAACAUAAUACACAUGUUUUAGUGGAUGAUGCUGGGAACAUUAGAAACACUUACCGAAAGAUACAUUUGUUUGAUGUGGAUGUUCCUGGCAAUAUGGUUUACAAGGAGGGUAGUUUUACAACGGCAGGGAAUGCUAUUGUUGUGGAGGACAGUCCUGCUGGAAGAUUAGGUCUCACAGUUUGCUAUGAUUUAAGGUUUCCCGAGUUAUACCAACUGCUUCGUUUUGAGAAUAAUGCACAGGUUUUGUUGGUGCCAUCAGCUUUCACGAAGGUAACUGGUGCGGCUCACUGGGAAGUUCUUCUCCGUGCUCGUGCAAUUGAGACACAGUGCUUUAUCAUUGCUGCUGCUCAAGCUGGAAAACACAAUGAGAAGAGAGAAAGCUACGGUGAUUCUCUUAUCAUUGACCCAUGGGGAACUAUUCUUGCACGCCUUUCAGAUCGUUUAUCCACUGGGAUUGCCAUAGCCGACAUCGAUCUCUCGCAAAUCGAUGCCAUAAGAACUAGGAUGCCAAUUGCUACACAUCGGAAAUUCAGUAUCACCUGGAAGUCCCCGUCUCUUUGAAUGUUUAUGAGAUCAGAUGAAUCAUGCAAUCUAUGAAUGAUGGAUGACCACUGGCGGCAGAACUUUUGUGAAAAAAAAAAGGUUGAAAAAAUUUGGAAAUUUCUUGUUUAAAAAAAUAUGAAAGUAAAAUAAUCCUUGCUGGGUAUUGUAAGUUAUAAUGAUUUGCUAUAUGGAGACUCAUUUUAAUUA